UUACCCCCACACCGCACCUCCAUGCUCGGGAGCCACGCGCGCUAUCGUGUAGCCUAAACUUAUCAUGGACUAGCGUGCUCAGCAUAUAUAUGAAAAACAGAGCUUUGAGAGGUGCUUUGAAGAAUUUAAUACCACAGUGAGGUGUCAUGCCAGUCUGUUUUUUAAUGACAUCAAAAACAAAAUGUCCGGAUUUAGAACACCAUGGCGCAUCUUCCGGGAUACACGUUUACUGUUGCGUAAUAUUCUAACAUAUAGAAAUGGAACCGGACCUGAAAUCCGUGAUUGUGUGUUCAAUUCUCUUCCACGGGACAUAUGAACUGUGAUGAUGCGGUCGAAUGAAAAACAUUGACUAGGCGAUGUGUGCAGGACCAUGAGAACUAUGAAGGUGCAGACCUCCCUCUUCUCCACAUCCCCGAUACAGACCUUUGACUUCUACGUCACAUUUAAUCCCAGUGAUUCUGUUACGAGUAAUGGAAGGUCCAGGCAUUCCACUAGUUAAAAGUGAUGGAUAUUAUGCUCGUUACGUCAGCACAGAUCAACUGAUAGAAGAAGACAAAAUCACCAUGAGUUCCGGAAUUAAAUCCCCGCAAAUCAAACAACAUCUUGGACAUAGAUUGCGCAGACGCAAAGAGCUAAUUGGCCGGCGGUCCAUGGUGGUAGACUUGUCGUUUUUGUUAAGCAUUACUGGUGUUGUUGUGAUAGUGAUAGACACAGAGCUGCAGUUUGCGGGAGUUGUCUCCCCUUUGGACGCCAUAUCUAUCGCAAUGCGUGCACUAACUACCGUCACGAGUGUGUUGCUAGUGAUGACAGUCAUUGCCUACAAUCUGAUUGGCGUACAGCUUAAGAUCGUGAGUGCGGGACUAGACAAUUGGCAGCUCGUCAUCACAUAUAGUACAGUGUUUAAAAUGAUUGCCGAGGCAAUUGUUUGCUUCUUCCAUCCAUUUCCAUUCGGUGACAUAAAAAUUCCGAUGACUGUUGUUGAAUUCGAGGCGGAACGUGCCGAAUUCAACACGCGAUAUGUGCCGUUAAAUUCCAUUUUAGCCAUUCUGAUGUUUCUCAGAUUAUACAUACUCGGAAGAUUCCUAGUGGUUCAUAGUGACCUGUUCAAGGACACGACAGUUCAGAGUUUGGGGACAUUGAGUAAGGUCAACAUCAACGCCCAGUUCGUCUUUAAAGCGUUGAUGACCACACGACCUGGCACGUGCCUCUCUGCCAUAUUAGUGACGACAUUGCUGAUCAACAGUUGGUCAUUAAGAGUUUGCGAGUACCACACUAAUCCGGCUGACGGAAAGGAUCAUUACGCGCAGGCGUUGUGGCUAACGGCCGUGACCUUUCUCACUUUAGGAUACGGUGACGUCACUCCACAGAGUAUUUGUGGUAGAGUUAUAGCAAUACAAACAGGACUAAUGGGUGUCGGUAUAAUGGCAUUAUGUGUCGCAGUUCUCGCCCGAAAACUCGAACAAACGAGACCUGAACGUUAUGUUCAUACGUUCGUUCAGCAAAUUCAUAUGGAUAAACUUAGACGUCACGCGGCUGCGGAUGUUGUAAAACAGUCCUUCAUUGUCUGGCGAUUACGAAAGCGAGGUUAUUCUAUGAAUCAUACGUAUGUUUUACGCCAUCGCCGGAAAUUAUUGGACGCCAUUAGGAAAAUGAAUCAAUCGCACCUCAUCAAGUCCCAUCUACGUGAGUGUGCGAUUGGGACAGUUGAGGUUUCCAAGGGCGUUCAUCAAGUGAAUGACAUUGUUUCCUCUCUUAAGGAGGAAAAUGCUAUUGUUAACCAGAGACUUGAAAACCUGGAGAAACUUGUCACUAACAUACAUUUCCAAUUGUACGAGAUGAAGGAGAUUUUACGUGACAAGGAGUCUUCAAAGAAAAACUGACACAUUCUUGUAUCUACGUGAUGAUGACGACGAUGGCAAUGAUAUUGAUGUUGAAUCAAAGUCCGUUAUAAUAUUCCUCGUUAUAUGCAAUUCCCUGAGAGACGUUUAUUGUGCACGUUUUGUGCAGUGUUACUGAUGAUUGUUUCUAUUAAAGUUCAGCCCACCAUGCAUAA